AAGCAGGUUGGAGCAGAAUUGCAAUAACUCGCAAAAGUGCGAAGGAGAGAAGCUAUACAAAAAGAAAAAGAAAGACUCCUGAGAACUUCUGUGGACUAUGAACACACUCGCUUUUUCCGCUUUCCUGCUGACGCUGGGUCUUGUUUUAUGCGAAGGAGGUAACCCAUGCUGUUCAGAACCAUGCGAGAACAGGGGCGUGUGUACAGCUCUGGGAACAGAUAAUUACGAGUGUGACUGCACACGAACAGGAUUUUACGGACAGAACUGCACAACGCCUGAGUUCCUCACGUGGCUCAAAGUGUCCCUGAAACCGUCGCCCAACACAGUCCACUACCUUCUCACACACUUCAAGGGCUUCUGGAACAUCAUCAACAACAUCUCGUUUCUCCGAGAUGCCAUCAUGAGAUAUGUGCUGACAUCUCGGGCCCACCUGAUUGAUAGUCCUCCAACUUACAAUGCCGACUAUGACUACAAAAGCUGGGAAGCCUAUUCUAACCUUUCCUACUACACACGCUCUCUCCCUCCGGUACCAAAGGAGUGCCCAACCCCCAUGGGAGUAGCAGGCAAGAAGGAGCUGCCUGAUGUUAAAGUGUUGGCGGAGAAGCUCCUGAUGAGACGACAGUUCAUCCCGGACCCACAGGGAACCAGCCUGAUGUUUGCCUUCUUCGCUCAGCACUUCACCCACCAGUUCUUCAAAAGUGAUUUUAAGAAGGGACCUGCGUUUACGCUCUCCAAAGGUCAUGGGGUGGACCUCAACCACAUUUACGGAGACACCCUGGAGAAGCAACACAAGCUCAGGCUCAUGAAGGACGGGAAGCUUAAACACCAGGUCCUGGAUGGAGAGACGUAUCCCCCAACAGUGAAGGAAGUGGAAGUGGAAAUGUUCUACCCACCGCACGUGCCCGAAUCGCACCGCUUCGCCGUGGGCCACGAGGCCUUCGGCCUGGUCCCCGGGCUCAUGAUGUACGCCACCAUUUGGCUGCGGGAGCACAACCGUGUGUGCGACGUGCUGAAGGAAGUGCACCCCUACUGGGACGACGAGCGGCUCUUCCAGACCGCGCGCCUCAUCCUAAUUGGUGAGACCAUCAAGAUCGUCAUUGAGGACUAUGUGCAGCACCUGAGCGGAUACCACUUCAAGCUCAAGUUCGACCCCGAGCUGCUCUUCAACCAGCGCUUCCAGUACCAGAACCGCAUUGCGUCCGAGUUCAACACCCUGUACCACUGGCACCCGCUGAUGCCCGACUCGUUCCACAUCGAGGAGAAAGAAUACAGCUACAAGCAGUUCGUCUUCAACACCUCCGUAGUGACCGAGCACGGCAUCAACAGCCUGGUGGAGUCAUUCACCAAGCAGAUAGCAGGACGGGUUGCUGGUGGCAGAAAUGUCCCGGGGUCUAUCCUCUACGUGGCCAUUAAGUCCAUCGAGCACAGCAGAGAAAUGCGGUACCAGUCUCUGAACGCCUACAGGAAGCGGUUCUCCAUGAAGCCUUACAGCUCUUUUGAGGACCUGACAGGAGACACAGAAAUGGCGGCGCUGCUGGAGGAGAUGUACGGACACGUCGACGCCGUGGAGCUGUACCCGGGCCUGCUGGUGGAGAAACCGCGGCCCAACGCCAUAUUCGGCGAGACCAUGGUGGAGAUGGGGGCCCCCUUCUCCCUCAAGGGCCUAAUGGGAAACCCCAUCUGCUCCCCGGAAUACUGGAAGCCCAGCACCUUCGGCGGCACCGCGGGCUUUGAUAUAGUCAACAGCGCCUCCCUGCAGAGGCUCAUCUGCAAUAACGUGCGGGGCCCCUGUCCCAUGGCGUCCUUCUACGUGCCUGAUGUUAAGGAGACGGGGUCCACCAUCAUCAACUCGAGCACGUCCCAGUCGCGGGGCAGCGACAUCAACCCCACAGUCAUUUUAAAAGAAAGGACUACUGAGCUCUAAAGUUUUAUAAUAAUAGGUAUUUUAUAAAUAUAUAUAUUUAUUUAUUUAUUUUUUAUUUAUUGGUAAUUUCUAUUUAUAGAGUAAAACUGAAAAGUAAAAAGAAAAAAAUCUGCAGUUUAGACAAAACAUUGUGUAUUUUCUGUCAGAGUUAAAGCCAGGGAUUCUGUUUAUUUAUUGAAAGAUGCAUUGUAUAAUUUAUUUUUUUAGUGAUGACCUCAAUGACUGCAAAUGAAUACUUGAAUUUUAGUUGAGUUUUAUUCAUAACAUUACACUUCUUUCCAUAAUGUUUCUGUAGCUGUAUUACUGGUUGAAUGUUGUACAUCACAGCAGUUUGUACCACAGUACACGCUGAUUGAUCAUGAUUUUAUUUAAUGCUUGUUAAAGUAUGUUAUGUUACUAUUUCAGUAUUGCUCUAGUAUUGGUACUUUUUUCUACUUAAAUCUGUGUGUUGGGUAACAAAACAGCAUUAGUAACUCUGUUGAUAAUUCUGCCUAAUAUUUUUCUAAAACUGUUUUUUAAAAAUGUGAUUGUUUGGGGUCAGGGUGAAUGCAGUUGACUUCAACUGUCAGAGCAAACCGACCUGCAAAACUGACUUUUUUUAAUAAAUUCUGAAAGGAA